AGGACCGGAAUUGAUCUGCUGUGAUAACUAGGUAGGUACCUACGGCUACAGUAUAUAUGUGCGCACUUGUUUUUAUUUCGUCGAUCCGCUCAUCUUUCUGAGACUCUAGAACUCUUGCAAGCUUUUCAUCCAGGGACCAGAUGCGAUGGAGCUUUCAAGUCCUUCCAUAGGAGAUCUCACCAAGUUCCCCAGGCUGGCCUCCACCUUGCAGUCCUCUUCCCUUAGCCUCCUAAGUAGCCAGGACUACACCACUGUGCCUGGCAAGUGGCAGACUGGGAAAGAGGACCACUGUGGCUUUUUCAGCAGAUGAAGAGAGGGAGGCGUUGAGAUUGAAAUGGGUGGGAAGAGGGGUAAGGAAUGUCCCAAAUGCCUGGGCAGGGUAGGCAUCAUGGCUGCUAGCUUCAUGGGAUUGCUCCUGCUUCAGGCGGUGGCAUGGGCAUCAGGUGCCUACCCCUGCAUCCCUAAAAGCUUUGGCUACAGCUCAGUGGUCUGUGUCUGCAAUGCUACAUACUGCGACUCUCUUGACCCCGUGACCUUCCCAGCCUUGGGGAAGUUCAGCCGCUAUGAGAGUACACGCAGCGGGCGGCGGAUGGAGCAGAGUGUGGGUGAAUUCCAGGCCAAUCGCUCUGGCACAGGGCUUUUGUUGACCCUGCAGCCAGAAGAGAAGUUCCAGAAAGUGAAAGGAUUUGGAGGAGCCAUGACAGAUGCCGCUGCUCUCAAUAUCCUUGCCCUGUCACCACCUGCCCAGAAUUUGCUGCUUAAAUCAUACUUCUCUAAGGAAGGGAUUGAAUAUAACAUCAUCCGGGUACCCAUGGCCAGCUGUGACUUCUCCAUCCGCACCUAUACCUAUGAUGACACCCCCCAGGACUUCCAGUUACACAAUUUCAGCCUCACAGAGGAAGAUACCAAGCUCAAGAUACCCUUGAUUCACCGAGCCCUGCAGAUGUCCCAGCGCCCUGUCUCACUCUUUGCCAGUCCCUGGACAUCACCUACUUGGCUCAAGACCAAUGGGGCAGUGAAUGGGAAAGGGACGCUCAAGGGGCAGCCAGGGGACAUCUACCACCAGACCUGGGCCAAGUACUUUGUCAAGUUCCUGGAUGCCUAUGCUGAGCACAAGUUAAAAUUCUGGGCAGUGACAGUUGAGAAUGAACCUUCUGCAGGGCUGAUGAGUGGGUACCCAUUCCAGUGUCUGGGUUUCACUCCUGAACAUCAGCGAGAUUUCAUUGCCCGAGACCUGGGUCCAACCCUCGCCAACAGCACUCAUCGUGAUGUUCAGCUGAUCAUGCUGGAUGACAACCGAUUGCUACUGCCUCACUGGGCACAGGUGGUACUGACAGACCAAGAAGCAGCGAAGUAUGUCCAUGGGAUCGCUGUGCACUGGUACCUGGACUUCCUGGCUCCAGCAAAAGCUACUCUGGGAGCAACACACCGCCUGUUCCCUGACACCAUGCUCUUCGCCUCAGAGGCCUGUGUGGGCUCCAAGUUCUGGGAGCAGAGUGUGCGGCUGGGCUCCUGGGAUCGAGGGAUGCAGUACAGCAAUAGCAUCAUCACGAACCUCCUCUACCAUGUGGUUGGCUGGACUGACUGGAACCUCGCCCUGAACCCUGAGGGGGGACCCAACUGGGUCCGAAACUUUGUUGACAGCCCCAUCAUUGUAGAUAUUGCCAAGGACACCUUUUAUAAACAACCUAUGUUCUAUCACCUUGGCCACUUCAGCAAGUUCAUUCCUGAGGGAUCUCAGCGAGUGGGGCUGGUGGCCAGUGAGGAGAACAACUUGGAUGCCGUGGCGCUGCUGAAUCCCGAUGGCUGUGCAGUUGUGGUCGUGCUGAACCGCUCUUCUAGGGACGUGCCUCUCACCAUCAAGGACCCUGACAUGGGCUUCCUGGAGACCAUCGCCCCUGGCUACUCCAUCCACACCUACCUGUGGCGUCGCCAGUGAUGGAGCAGAUGCUCAAGCAGGCACCGAGGCCCAGCAUGGGUGUUAGAGACAAGACUCAGCUCAUAUGCUGAGUAAACAAAGUGGCUAAAAGGCUACAGCAGGGCCAGCAUGAGCUCACAGUGACUCAAGCCCAGGGGCAGUGGUUGUGACCCACUCUCCUCUUUAAUAGGUGUCAGGGGCUAGAAGCUCCUAAGGAAAGAUCAGGAAACCCCCCAGGUGUCUCCGACCUCAUGCCCGUGUAGGAAAUGUGCUAUGGGCUGGUUCCAUGUGGAAACAGCCCAGGAUGAGCUCACUGUACAAACACAAGAUUGGGGUGAGGGGAGGAAAGAAGAGAUUAAGAAAGCUGGACCCAAAAAUGGGGACUGCGUCAGCAUCAAGGCAGAAGCAGCCCCAGAAGCCAAGGCCACUGCGUACAUUCAGGCACCCAAAUGCUCCUGGGUUACAGGUGGGAAAAUGGCAGUCCCUUAAAAGAGAAUGUUUGGCCUGAG